UGGAGCUUCGAGAAGAGCGUCAUUCCCUCGAGGCUCCCGUCAGCUGCAAUUUGAAUUUAUAGCUCCCCUUCACUACUCCUUCCCCACCCAACAUGAUGAAGCGAACCCGACUAGAUGAAUAUGUCAUCUCCCGCCUCUGCCCGAUUGUCAUCCUUAUCUCUCUUCUCCUCCUCCUCCUCAUCCAAUCCACCAACACAGACGCCCAAGUCCUCACAACUCGCAAAGCCGCUGCCCCCAGUCGGCGUGGAUCCAAAGCCUACACUGUCAUCUUCGAUGCCGGGAGUACCGGGAGCAGGGUCCAUGUCUUCUGCUUCGACCACAACUUGGAUCUCAUUCCCGUUGGAAAUGAACUCGAGUUCUACAGUCAGGUAAAACCAGGUUUGAGCGCGUAUGCCAAGAACCCCCAAGAAGCUGCAUAUUCGCUCAAGUCUCUUUUGGUGGAAGCUGAAAGUGUGGUUCCCCCAAAUUUGCAUCCUAAAACACCAGUUAGAGUUGGGGCAACUGCUGGCCUUAGGUCAUUGGAAGGUGACACGGCUGAUAGGAUUUUGCAAGCGGCUGCAGUUCAGUGGCAUACGGGGGGUGUUUCAACAUUGAGGUCUCGGGUCAGGGAUUUUCUCAAAGACAACAGCUCAUUGAAAUUCAGACCGGACUUGGUCACUGUUCUGGAUGGAUCUCAGGAAGGCACCUUUCAAUGGGUUACCAUCAACUAUCUAUUAGGGAAUUUGGGAAACAGAUACUCAAACACAGUUGGAGUAGUUGACCUUGGAGGUGGGUCUGUUCAAAUGGCAUAUGCUAUCUCAGAAAAAGCUGCUGAAAAGUCUCCAAAAACAACAGAUGGGAAGGAUUAUGUGAAGGAUAUUACUCUUAAGGGAACCAAAUAUCACCUUUAUGUUCACAGUUACUUGAACUAUGGUUUAUUAGCAGCUCGAGCUGAGAUAUUCAAGGCUGUGGGGGCCUCUGAUAAUCCAUGCAUUUUGGAUGGUUAUCAUGGGUCUUAUAGAUACGGCGGAUCGGUGUAUGAUGUGUCGGCUUCACAUUCUGGAUCCAGCUUUAUCAAAUGCAGGAGGGCUGCUGUCAAUGCUCUCAAAGUUAACAAAUCAAUAUGUACGCACAUGAAUUGCACAUUUGGAGGUGUAUGGAACGGUGGUGGUGGAGCUGGGCAGAAAAACCUAUUUGUAGCCUCCUUUUUCUUUGACAUAGCUGGCGAGGUUGGUUUCAUAGAUCGUAAGCAGCCGACUGCCAAAGCUAAACCUGCAGACUUUCGGAAUGCAGCCAAACAUGCUUGUAAAGUGAGUUUCCAGAAUGCUAAAGCUACAUAUCCGCUUGCUGAGGAGGGCGACUUGCCUUACCUAUGCAUGGACCUUGUAUAUCAGUACACAUUGCUCAAAGAUGGAUUUGGUCUCGAUCCAUUGCGAGAGAUCACGCUGGUAAAGGACGUGAAGUACAAGGAUUACCUGGUUGAAGCGGCAUGGCCACUAGGUAGCGCCAUUGAUCUCGUAUCAUCAUAUUAGUGCAUGGGCCAUGCCAUGCAGCAUCAAUGCCCGACAUGGGCAGUGUUUAGUUUGGCUUUAGCAACAGCUGGUUCACGGCACAGCUUUUCAUUAAUAAUUUGCUUGUGACCUUUACCAUAGUAUUUCAGAACUCGAGCGUACUAGUCAAUUGAUCUGCUAUAUAUAAUUUAAGAUUACUAGUCAAUUGAUCUGCUAUAUAUAAUUUAUGUGAUUGGCCAUUUUCUCUGAGUGAGGUGGAAACAAAGAGAUGAGAUUUGAUUAUACAUUGUAAUCUUUUGGAGGUAAAAUCAAAGAUUGUUAUUGAUUAAUUCCUCAA